CUGAUUGGCUGCGUGCAUAAGCCGCUACCCCCGUGGUGGCAGUUCCUGGUUUCCAAUUCAUGUGAUUUUACUUACGGAUUCUUGUUUUUGACUAAUUUUCAGUUCUCCGUAAUCACACGUACACGGUGGAAACGUUAAUGGCGAGUAACAAAUACCAGAUAGUGGUCCAAGGUGAGGCAUCUGAGACGGAUUCGGAUGAAGAGGUUUAUUUAACUUCCCUCCCUUCGGCACACACCGUAGCAGCCGGGGCAAAAGUUCCCGGAGAAGCAUCAGAGUCGGAUAGCGAAGGGGAGGCAGAGAAAGUGCGGAAGCUGGUUGCUGCAGGGAAUGCGGAAUACUCGCAAGUACUGCGCAAGGACUUACCGCCGCUCAUUGUGAUCAGAAACGCCCCAGACUUUGUAUCCGUCGUGGACGAGAAACCCGUUCCGAGGGCUGAGCAAAGCGGUCGCUAUAACACACUACUUCAGCAGAAACUGAUGGAGAACAACGCGCGACUGUGCAGUGACGUGACACAGAUGUUCAGACAAGUGUACAGCAACGCAACGAAAGAUAUACGGAUAGCCACAACUCACCUCAACAAUUCCCAGAAUGGCAUCAUCAACGCUUCUCACAGCAUCCGUCUUAUUCUAGAAGACCUCAAAUCUGUUUCUGAGAAAAUCGAUAUAAUUACUAGUUGUAACCUACUCCCCGAUAUCACCAUAGACACUCCGUAACUCUGACAGUCGCUUUUAACUGUUUUAUGCGAACAAUAUCGAAAUGUCCAAAAAUAAUGUUUUUUUUUUUUUUUUUUAAUUGAACGUACUGCCUCGCUUGUCGAGCCUUUAACGAAUAGACUGCACAUUUGCUUUUUUUUCUUUGCCUGCUUGAUGUAGCUGCAUUCGCGUUUAGGCUAUUGCUUUAAAAUAGAAGCUAACCAUGCACAAUGUUAAUUAUCUAAAUCAUUAGUAUUAUGCCAAUCAGUAUUUUUGAUUUAUUAACAUGCCACUGCACUUUAUUUGGUCUCAAAUGUAACGGGGAAUACAACCUUUCUAAAACGUCCUUUAAAUAAACAGCUUAUAUAAAUCCCCAGCCCCCCUGCGAACAGACUUCAGGUGUUAAGGAAAUAUCAGCUAUUUGUGAAUGGCAAGGCUUAGUCAUGCAGUUGGCCUGCUUCACUUGUUGGCGCUGUGAUUUGUGGUCUUUGCCAUAUUGAUCUCCACGCCCCCCCCCCCCCCCCCCCCCACUCCCCCCGCCAAAAGAGAACCGUGGCAGGGACCAGAUUUAGAAGCUGACUGAAGGGGGGAAAUGGGAGUUAGAGUUAAGAGGCUCACCAACCUUGUGGACAAUGGGUUACACUUUUCUCAGCCGGAGCUCAAGGUCAGUGAGACAGGCUGACUACUUAAGUAAACAAACAAUGAUUGCAUUGCAAGUCUGUGCACCUGUGAUCUCAUUCGAUUUGAAUAAGUACAGUACCUGUGUGGCCCCGCCUUCGAGAGGUGAAUUGGCAUGUAUGAUGGGCCGUUACAUGGGGCGUGCUGUCUGCCAUGUGUAAGGGUCAAGAGAGUGUGCUCUGAAUGUCCACAGACAUUGCCGCACCUCUCUCUUUCUUUAGUGUUUUCCUCAUAUGGUAUGGAGGCCUAAUGGGUAAGAACAGAAAGGAUGGUCAUGUUGUAUUAUGAAUAACCUUUUACUCUGUGAAAUAAAAAUAUGAAACUUUUCAUUUUA